CUCUGGCAGCCGGGCGGAACCUUUGUGCUGGUACAGCGGGUGCGCGGGGAGGGUGUUGAGUGUGAAGCCCGGGCCAUGGCGCUUGUACUGCGCCGGCUGGGCUGCUGCCUGUGGACAGGCGGCGGUCCCGGGAGACCAGGUCUAUAUCAGAACUUUUCAAUAGUUUUUGCAGCUGGGCUUAAGACAUACGAGUGUCCUCCCAGUUAUAAUGAUGUGAUUAUUCCGGAGAAGCCAAAGCUGAAAUUCAUGAAUAAAGUCCCAAACUACAAGAAGGCUAGGAGAUGGAUGAAAAGGUUGGGCGAUAUCCGAGGGCCAGCAACACAGGCCAAUAACAUCGCCUGGGGACAGUAUGCCAUCGUGGCACUUGGCGGUGGCUACCUUCACUGGGGUCACUUUGAGAUGAUACGGCUCACCAUUAACCGGCGCAUGGACUCCACGACCAUGUUUGCACGCUGGCGUGUGAAUGCCCCAUAUAAGCCCGUCACGCGUAAGGGACUGGGCCAGAGGAUGGGCGGUGGGAAAGGGGCCAUCGACCACUACGUUACUCCUGUCAAGUACGGCCGGGUUGUCGUGGAGCUUGGAGGGAAGUGUGCUCUGGAGGAGGUGGAGCCUUUCCUAUCGGAAGUUGCCAAGAAACUGCCCUUUCUCGCUAAGGUCUUCAGCAAGGAGUCGCUGGAGGAGAUGGUGAAGGAGGAGGAGCAGAAAGCUGCAAACAACCAGAAUCCCUGGACCUUUGAAAGGAUCGCAUCCAUGAACAUGUUGGGAAUUCGCAAAGUGUUGAGCCCAUUUGAUUUAAAACAUCAUGGCAAAUUUACUGGGAAGUUUCGUGUUCCUAAUCGUGUGUGAAAAAUAAUAAAUCUGACCAAGUGUUCUUUGUAUUUACCU